CUCCAAGCCUCUGACAAGUUUUGUAGGAGAGGAAUUAGCAUACAAAGCACUUAACUUUUUAUCUGGCAGUUAUUUAAGAACCUGUCAUGGGGAAUGGAGCUCAAUUAUAUUUUUCCUACAGUCAUAAUCAAUUCAAAGGCAGAAAAGGUUUAGGUUUUGCAAUGUACUUUUGGCUAGUAGGCUGUAGGAGGCUGUAAGAAAAUGCAGUCCUAUAGACUGCUCUACAGUACCUGACCAAGGCUACAACAAAUGUUUGAUUCAAAGUCAAUGAAAGCGCUUUACAUUGAAUGAAAAUUCUCAAUACCCUACUGCUCUUUUAAUAUGACGAUCCUUUGGCUCUAAAUAAAUGGGGAGGAAAUUCUGACAUGCGGGCCGUGUUUAAUUUGCCCGUUGUGGUUAUUCAGCAUUGCCUGUUCUGUGAGUUACAGGCAAUUGAGGUGCUUGCAUAUGGUUUGCGAUCUUUAUCUUCUAGGUCACUGUGUGGUCAGGCACGCUUUCCUCUCGUCCUCUGACAGACAUCAUUAAUUCUCUGUUUAUCAGGGACGACUUCACUGCUUCGAUCUGAAGAGUAAAGAUCAGAGGCGCACCUCCAGAGUUUCCCGUCUCCACUCGGAGCGUUCAGUCCAGUCCUACACAGUGCAGACUGUAACACAGACGAGCGAAUCCAGUCGCCAGAGGAGUUUGUAACAUUGCCAACCAGUUAUAUCGCUCAGGAUUCCCUUUUCUUUCUUUUUUUUUAUUUGUUUAUUUCACUUACAAAAGCAGGGACUCUCUGAACCUUGCAGAAGGAGGAGGGAGAGAGCUGUGGACUAGGCUGGGCUUGACUCCGGGUGUGUCCGAGGCGAUGGUAAGGGACGGCAGGUGCUAUCGCACUGAACGGAGCCUGCGCUGUUGACGAGAGAAAGCCAGGUGGAAUGGCGGUGGCUGGCACAGAUAAGUUCCGCUGGCAGAGCCUUGCGCCACUGCCCAGCGGACGGGUCUACCACUCCCUGGUGGAGGCGGGGGGGCAGCUGUUCGUGGUGGGGGGGUGCGACGAGAGCGGGCGCCCGAGGAGUGCCCUGGAGCUGUAUUGCCCCGAGGUGGACCAGUGGAUCAGCCUGCCUCCCAUGCCCACACCCCGGGCAGGGGCAGCCACAGCCGUCCUGGGCAAGCGGCUGGUGGUGGUGGGAGGCAUGGGGCUAGACCAGCGUCCCCUUAAGGCCGUAGAGGUAUACAACACAGAUGAAGGCAAGUGGAGGAAGAGGAGCUCUCUGAGGGCGGCAGCUAUGGGAAUCUCCAUGACUGUGAAAGACGGCCGGGUGAUUGCAGCAGGAGGCAUGGGGGGCGACCUGUACCCCCAGAGCCUCCUCCAGCAGUAUGACCUCCGCAAGGACGUGUGGGUGACCCUGCCACGCAUGCCAACCCCCCGCUAUGACACCACCACCUUCGUCCAGGGCUCCAAGAUCUACGUGCUCGGGGGACGCCAGUCAAAGCGUUCGGUCGUCGCUUUUGAGGCGUUUGACAUGGAGAGCCGCUCGUGGGCCCCUCUUCCCAGCAUCCCCAGCAGGAGGGCCUACUCCGGCCUGGUCCUGGAUGAGGGGGGGAGACUGUAUUGCCUGGGGGGGCUCCGGCAAGGGGGGGGCCACCAGCGGCCCAAAUUCACCAAGAACAUCAACAUCUUCGACAUCCAGCAAGGACUCUGGCUCAAGGCUGAGCGUUCUCUCUCAAUGAAGACCAAGCGUGCUGACUUUGCAUCAGGCUACCUGCGCGGGAGGGUUAUCGUGGCUGGGGGCCUGGGUAACCAGCCCACUGUGCUGGGCUCUGUGGAAGCUUUUCUUCCAGGGAAGAAGAAAUGGGAACUCCUGCCCUCCCUCCCUACCCCCCGAUGCUCCGCCUCCAGCAUCAUUUUCCAGGACCGCCUCCUGGUGGUGGGCGGGGUCAACCAGGGCCCAAGCUGCGCUGCGGAGGCAUUGAGUGUGCAGGAGGGGGAGGGGCCUUGACCUGCACUGCCCCGCCCCCUUCACUCUCACACGCCUUCCCUCUCGGAACACUAAGCUGCAGUUGAAGAGGACUUGUAUUCCCUGCCUUUAUAAAGACCUGUACAAACAGUGGCUGAGCUGAGGCCCCAAGAGAGUGUUUUUUUGUAUUUUUAAAUGGAUUUAAAUGGGUGCCAGGGAAGCACAAUUAGUUUGAAAUACAUUUUAUUUGGUGUCAUUGCUGAGGGAAUGUGACAAGCUUUGGACAUUAGUAUAAUUUAAGAACACUGUUAAAAACUAAAAUAAAUGCUUUA